GAGGAGGUGCCGGCGCCGGCCGGGCGAAGGGCCAGACGGUGUCCGAGAGGGCCGGGGAAGGCGGACGGUGGCCGACGAGGUCCGCGAGGACGGCAUGGAGCAUCUGGAGCGCUGCGCGUGGUUGCUCCGGGGGGCGCUGGUGCGGGCGGCCGUGCGGCGCUACCUGCCCUGGGCGCUGGCGGCCUCCAUGCUGGCGGGCUCCGUCCUCAAGGAGUUGUCCCCGCUGCCCGAGAGCUACCUCAGCAACAAGCGCAACGUCCUCAACGUGUAUUUUGUCAAAGUGGCCUGGGCCUGGACCUUCUGCCUCCUCCUGCCUUUCAUUGCCCUCACCAACUACCACCUGACGGGCAAGGCUGGCCUGGUGCUGCGGCGGCUGAGCACCCUGCUGGUGGGCACGGCCAUCUGGUAUGUGUGCACAACCCUCUUCUCCAACAUUGAACACUACACGGGCAGCUGCUUCCAGUCGCCGGCCCUGGAGGGCGUCAGAAACGAGCACCAGAGUAAGCAGCAGUGCCACGGCGAGGGGGGCUUUUGGGAUGGCUUCGACAUCUCAGGCCACUCCUUCCUGCUGACCUUCUGUGCCCUCAUGAUUGUGGAGGAGAUGGCGGUGCUGCACGAAGUGAAGACGGACCGAAGCCACUGCCUCCACGCCGCCAUCACCGCCCUGGUGGUCGCCCUGGGCUUCCUGACUCUCAUUUGGGUGUGGAUGUUUCUGUGCACGGCCGUUUAUUUCCACAACUUGUCCCAGAAAGUGUUUGGCACCCUGUUUGGUUUGCUGGGCUGGUACGGGACAUACGGGUUUUGGUAUCUGAAAUCCUUUUCCCCAGGACUUCCUCCCCAGAGCUGUAGUUUGAAUUUGAAGCGAGACAGUUACAAGGAAUAAAAGAGAAACAAAAGGGGUGAUAGCAGGUCAGUGACUAAUCUAUUCUCAUUUAUUUUUCUUAGUUAUUUGACUAAAUUAUUGGUCCUACUUCAGAGAGGAAGCUCGUCAGGCAGUUUUAGGGGGUGACGGUGGAGUCCGAGGAGGGAGUUCAGUCUCCAGACUUCUUGGCGACGUGACCCUGUGUCACAAGCACCACCAUUUCCAAGCAGGCACUUUGCAUCCCUGGCAAGACUUGACCUUAAUCUAGACCGUCCCUUUUGUCCCUGGAGCGCAGAGCUGAAGCUCAGCGAGAGGACAGAGUCAGGAAGGCCUCUGUUGUGUGGCCGGAGGGGAGGCCAGGGCCUCAGGACUCCUCUGCUGCCAUCAUUCUCCCUGACUCCUAGAUGUCUUCUGUUUAACGGCUGUUUAUGCUGUUAUUUACCAGUAUUUCUCUCUGGUCAAUUUUUCAUAAGCAUUUAUUUCCAGCAGGGUUCUCUAUAAAACAGCCAGCCACCUGAAAGACACUCUCUGGUUGUAGUGUUUGUUUCAUCCGUGGAAUGUUAAAUAUUCCAGCUGGCUCGUGAUUAGCUCCCAAAACUGUUAACCUGGAGUGUCUCUGCCUCUCAGUACUGGAUGAUUUUUAUCUAAGGAACAUUGAUAAUUUUCUAUCCGUGUUGUCUAUUCUGUGUUGAUUUUUGGAGCAAUAAGGUUACCUUUUUUCUUAGUGAAUGCUUUAUGGUUUUUAAUAACAACUAUGGCAUUUGUUCUUUGUCAACAAAACUGAAAAUAACUCCCAACUUCAGGGCUGCACUUUGGUACGUGUAUAGAGUGCUUUGAGUUUUUUUUAGAACACUAAUUUACUUUUUAUAAACCAAUGUCUUGGCUUAUAGUAUUCAAUUCCACCUCAUGGGGCUGUUUUCUCUGUUAAGAGUAAAGCUGGAAAGCGGACAUUUUAAUAAUAACUUGAUGAAUCUUAAGCUGAGUGAGAGUAAUUUUGCAAAAUGUCUAUUUGCACUGAAACUUUCCUCACCACACAUUGGUGGCAUAGACUCAACAGUGCCUCAGAGUCAUACGACAAGGACACUGAUCAGUCUGCCGUGGCCCAAGGCAUUUUUACCUUUUGCACAAGAUUGUGGUUAAGUCAGAAGUGAAGGAAAAUAUCUUCCAUUGCCUCUGAUGGCAAGAAGCCAAGCUGUUUGCAAAAAUGUCCUUAUUAAAUGGUGGCAUGACUUUGGCUUCACUCUCUACCACCAAGAAAACCAAACCAGACCUGGGCCUCUUCAACUGACCUUGAAAUCGACCUUUUGUUUCUCUUGCAGCUCUUCUCAGUUUCCAUCCUUGUCCUUCUGUGGCCUUCACUGUGAGUGUGCUGGGAAGGGUUAGAAAUCCUGUCACCUCCCACCACAAAGGCGUGGUUACAUGCUCCCUGUUAAGAUACCCCUCCCCUCUCCCAGCUGUCUCAGUAAGCCUUUCAAACCAAGCCCCUUGCAUUUUGGAUAAUCAUCCUGGAAACUUCUUUGAUGUCCCUCCCCCCAGUCAAGCCUGAUAAUAGCAUUAGCUGAUAAGCACUACACUUGACUGGCUUAACUCAAGCUUAGGCUGUUAGGAGCUUGGGGUCGGAAAAUCUUCAGGGUAAAUUGUAUUUCAUGUAAAGAUGUAUUUAAAAUAUGUAGUUCGUAUCCUGUCAGGCUGUGGGUUGACUUGUAUUGAUCAAAACGUGAGAUGUGAUAUGUGGUACCCAAAGUGCAGAAACACCUGCGGUGAGAGUGCAGAGGUGUCGCCAUGGUGCUUUGGGAGCACUGGCAAGAUGGGACAGGCCCCAUGGGGACUUUUGUCCCCUCUGGAGUUUACAUCCCUAAACUGGGGGUGGCAGUGGGGCUGGGGUAGGUGGUGGGGCUUGUUGAAGGGAUUGACAUCUCUCCUAAGCUUCAGGUUCAGCACCAAAAGGCAACAGGCACAGGGUGGCUUCAGAAGUUCAUUCGUCACACUUAAGUCUCCAGACGUCUCUCUCCUGCAGGUCUGAGUCAGGCUCAGCGGUGAAGGAACUCUGUGGAGUGUCGGGUAGCGAGCCUUGCGUGUUGACUGUCUUCCACCAUUGCCGGUUCCGUCCUGGCCCCCUUGCCUCUUUCUUGGGAGCGUGCACUCUCUCCCUGCUUGGGACAGCAUGGCGCAGCUCAAAGAGUUUGGGCUUAGGCUCCCGUGAGAUGUGGGCUCAAGUCAUGGCCUCACGACUGAGAGCUGUCUGACCCUGGGCAAGCUUCAUUUUCCCCCUCUGUAAAACGGAGGUGAUCCUGUUAGGAUUGAGGGAAACUAUGCAUGUGAAGUGCCCAGCACAUGUGCUUAGCAGGCCAUAAUCCCCCGCCCAUUUUUCUCAACUAAGCCUUUAGAAAUUUUUGACUCCUCUGGAGAAGGCAGGGAAACUAACACCUUCUUUUGAGUGCCGUUUGGGGUCUGGGUCUCCCUGUGAAAUAGGCUUGUUUUGUGUUUUGAAGAGUGUCUGUUGUCCCAGGUGCUGAACAAGAGGCUUUUGAGGGCUUCCGUGACCACAGAAUACUGCUGUGCUUGUUUCCCUCUCCACAUUGAGAGGUUCAUUCACUGACGCCUCGUUUUCCACGUGCAUCUGUCAUCGUCUGAGUACCAGAUUGUGUUUAGAGAAUGGCUCUUGCCACUGUUAUGUGCACACAGAUCGUAUGUAAACAAGCAAAUUAAGUAAACUGGAGAUAAUGAAAUCCCACA